GCAGUGCGGGCAGCUGCGGCCGCCCCGGGGAAGCUGGGGAAGGAUCGGGAGGCGGGAGGCGCCGCGGCGGCUCAAGUGCGGCCACCCCGGGGUUACCCGGGCGUGGCGGACUAUGACAGUGUUUUCCGCCGUGUCCCUCUCCGGUCCACUGUCCCAGAGGCUUCCCUGAACCAUCUCCUGGCGGACCCGCCCUCAGAAACACCAUCAGCUUUUGGGAGUGUGAGCUAACAGGACCCUGCAAAUCCAUACCCUUCAGAGAUGAGAAGUCACUUCUGGAGUCAAGAUGAAACCUUAAAUAAUUUUUCUUUUACCUGAAAACUACUUCCUAGAGGUUUUGCUUAUCAAUGCCUGAAGGAAAGAUGGCUGAUAUUAACUUCAAAGAAGUGACUUUACUAGUCAGUGUGGUUGCUGCCUGCUACUGGAACAGUCUGUUCUGUGGGUUUGUUUUUGAUGAUGUUUCAGCAAUACUGGAUAAUAAAGAUCUCCAUCCAUCUACACCUCUAAAAACUAUAUUUCAGAAUGAUUUCUGGGGAACUCCUAUGUCUGAGGAGAGAAGCCACAAGUCCUACAGGCCCUUAACAGUGCUGACAUUUCGCUUAAAUUACCUACUUAGCGAACUAAAGCCCAUGUCUUAUCAUCUCCUAAACACGGUUUUCCAUGCUGUUGUUAGUGUGAUAUUUCUUAAGGUCUGCAAACUUUUCCUGGACAAGAGGAGCAGUGUCAUUGCGGCUCUGCUCUUUGCAGUACACCCAAUCCAUACAGAAGCGGUGACGGGGGUUGUAGGGAGAGCUGAGCUCUUGUCGUCUGUCUUCUUUCUAGCUGCAUUUCUGUCGUAUACCAAAUCAAAAGGACCGGAUAAUUCCAUAGUGUGGACCCCGAUUGCUUUGACAGUGCUUUUAGUGGCUGUCGCUACACUGUGUAAAGAACAAGGAGUAACGGUCGUCGGGAUUUGUUGUGUGUAUGAAGUAUUUGUUGCCCAAGGGUAUACUUUGCCGCUGUUAUGUACAGUUGCUGGACAGUUUCUCCGUGGAAAGGGUAGUAUUCCCUUCUCUAUGCUGCAGACACUAAUAAAGCUCAUUGUCUUGAUGUUCAGUACAUUGUUACUUGUCGUGGUUAGAGUCCAAGUUAUUCAGUCACAACUUCCAGUGUUUACAAGGUUUGAUAAUCCAGCUGCCGUAAGCCCAACCCCUACACGACAGCUCACUUUUAACUACCUCCUUCCUGUGAACGCUUGGCUUCUGUUGAAUCCUUCAGAACUCUGCUGUGAUUGGACCAUGGGGACAAUACCACUCAUAGAGUCAUUUCUAGAUAUUCGCAAUCUCGCCACUUUUGCUUUCUUUUGCUUUCUGGGGGCUUUGGGAAUAUUCAGUCUCCGAUACCCUGGUGAUUCCUCAAAGACUGUCCUAAUGGCACUUUGUUUAAUGGCAUUACCAUUUAUUCCUGCAUCCAACCUUUUCUUUCCUGUUGGAUUUGUUGUUGCUGAGCGAGUAUUAUAUGUUCCUAGCAUGGGGUUCUGUAUUUUAGUAGCUCAUGGAUGGCAAAAAAUUUCAAACAAAAGUGUAUUGAAAAAACUCUCUUGGAUUUGUCUGUCCAUGGUGAUAUUAACCCAUGCCCUGAAAACACUCCAUAGGAAUUGGGACUGGGAGUCUGAAUAUACAUUGUUUAUGUCAGCAUUAAAGGUGAAUAAAAACAAUGCCAAAUUAUGGAAUAAUGUGGGUCAUGCUCUGGAAAAUGAGAAGAACUUUGAGAGAGCUUUGAAAUACUUCUUGCAGGCUACCUAUGUUCAGCCAGAUGAUAUUGGUGCCCACAUGAACGUAGGAAGAACUUACAAAAAUUUAAACAGAACUAGAGAAGCAGAAGAAUCUUAUAUGUUGGCUAAAUCACUAAUGCCUCAAAUUAUUCCUGGUAAAAAAUAUGCAGCCAGAAUUGCCCCAAAUCACUUAAAUGUUUAUAUCAAUCUGGCCAACCUCAUCCGAGCAAAUGAGUCCCGCCUGGAGGAAGCCGACCAGCUGUACCGACAGGCAAUAAGCAUGAGGCCGGACUUCAAGCAGGCUUACAUUAGCAGGGGAGAGUUGCUCUUAAAAAUGAAUAAGCCUCUCAAAGCCAAGGAGGCAUAUCUGAAAGCCCUAGAGCUGGACAGAAAUAAUGCAGAUCUGUGGUACAACUUGGCAAUUGUUUCGAUUGAACUUAAAGAACCAAAUGAAGCGCUGAAGAACUUUAAUCGGGCUUUGGAACUAAAUCCCAAACAUAAGCUAGCGUUAUUCAAUUCUGCUAUUUUAAUGCAGGAAUCAGGUGAAGCUAAACUCAGACCUGAAGCUAGAAAACGGCUUCUAAACUACAUAAAUGAAGAGCCACAAGAUGCUAAUGGCUAUUUCAACUUGGGCAUGCUUGCCAUGGAUGACAAAAAGGAUUCUGAAGCUGAGAUCUGGAUGAAGAAAGCCAUCAAAUUACAAGCUGACUUCAGAAGUGCUCUGUUUAACCUGGCUCUACUGUAUUCGCAGACUGCUAAGGAGUUAAAGGCGUUGCCAAUUUUAGAAGAGCUGCUCAGAUACUACCCUGACCAUACCAAGGGUCUCAUUUUAAAAGGAGAUAUUCUGAUGAACCAAAAGAAGGAUAUACCUGGAGCCAAAAAGUGCUUUGAAAAGAUAUUGGAAAUGGAUCCAAGCAAUGUGCAAGGAAAGCACAACCUUUGUGUGGUGUACUUUGAAGAGAAGGACUUGCUGAAAGCUGAACGAUGCCUGGUGGAAACAUUGGCGUUAGCACCUCAUGAGGAAUAUAUUCAACGCCAUUUGAGUAUAGUCAGGGAUAAAAUUGCCUCUUCUGGUAUUGUGGAGCAGCCAGUGUCUCCAGGUGAUAAGACUUCCAGUGUGGAAGAAAGAGAUGAAAUCCCUUCUGAGGAUGUAAAAGAAAUCAGAAGUGAACCCAGACCAGAACAAAUCAUGAAAACAAAUGAUCAAAAAAACUCGAAAUCCAACAAGCAAUCAACAAAAAGUGCAGACAAAGAGGCCCCCCAUAAAACAACAAAAGACAUCAAAGAAAUUGAGAAGAAAAGAGUUGCUGCUUUGAAAAGACUAGAAGAGAUUGAACGUAUUUUGAAUGGAGAAUAAUACUAUUCUCUAUCAUGGUAUCAAAGUGGUAUCAAAGACCUUCAGUCUAUAUCAUGCGUUUGCUCAUACUGGAAACUGAAAAAUGUCAAGAAUACGUACUGUUUUUUUCAGAAACUAAGAUCCUCUACAUGGGGUCAAAACAAGAUUUUCAUUGGAGACGUAUCUGCCCCAUGAUAUAUGUUUUAUAAGAUAUGGCACAAAUUUGGUGACUACAGGAGAAAUCUUAAAUGCCAGGUGACAAACUUGAAACUUUUAUUAGAGAAAGAAAAGGGUGUGGGAUUUUUUUUUGAGGUGGGGGAACAGGAGUGGAUGGGCUAUCAGAUCCAUCUACUAAUCUGAAUUGAAAUAAUAUGGGAUAUCAAGGAGGAACCUUUGGAGAUUAGUCCAGUAUGUCCUGGGUUUUGUGAAUUCUCAUUUAUGAGCUCUCCUCUCCUUUUUUUUUGUUUAAACUCUUGGAUCCAGCAAUGGAUUGAUAUUCAUUGAAGCCAUUCUUUUUUCUUCAGUAAUUCUUCUCUUAAACCAAGGGACAUUGUACUACAAGUGCAUACUGUUUAUGUGUUCUUUGAGGUUUAGAAAGAAUAAAUCAUACAUCACUCAUAUAACAUAUAAAUUAUGACACAUUAGCUUAGGAAUGCAUUUACGUAACUGCGUACUUGUCCUUAACUUCACUCUAAAAUACAGUCAUUAGGCAGGUAAAGUUUUAUGCAUAUUCCUAGUGGUGCUCACUAAUACUGUAUUUUCUGUUUCACACAGUAUUCUAAUAUGAGCUACAUAAUCAUGACUAUUCAUUGACUUUUGCUCUCCAAAGUGUUCUGCUUCUUGACGUAUUGUCAUACUGAAAAGUCCCAGUCAUUCUAACUCUAAGCUUUAGAGUAAUCAUAGUAAUCUCUUUCAUUUUAGUCUCUCUGGCCUUAAAUCGGUUUUCUGUGUCUCAAGUCACACCUUCAUCAUUCUUAGAUAUCUAAGCCACUACAGUCAGUCUGUUUGACUGAACACAAAACAAUGUGACAUUUAUUUUUAAACACUAAAUUCUUAAUUAUAUUGUGGUAUAUAUUUUAUUAUUUAUUUUAACUACUGAUCUUUCAUAAAAAUUGUAAACUUUUAGUUUAAAUUGUUAGUUCCCUUGAGUUAACUAAUCUCUAAUUAUAUAUGACUUAGAAACCAUGCUUCUGUAAUGUUUUCUAAGAAAUCUUUUAUAAAUAGGUCACAAGAAACAUGUUCUGCAUUAAAGACCCAUUCCUUUUAGUUUCCCAGAGGAUCUGACAUAGAUUUUUUUUUUAAGAUAAUUUAAUGCCAGCACUGAUGCCAGUGGGUGUUAAUUCUUGACCCAGGAGAUUUUGUUAAACAUCAAAGCAGUAUCUCAUUUCAGUUCUUAGAGUAUAGCUUUGUGACUUCAGAUAUGAAGUGGAGAAUACCUCAUAUACUAUGACUUGAAAAUGAAGUUGUUAGGCUCCAUAUAUCUCUAGAAAAAGGUUUUGCUUGUAAUCACUACAGUUAAAAUUCCAAGUGGAGAACAGUCUAGUAAGUAAAGUGAAAGGAAACUUUUAUGACAGCAAACAGGAUAAAAGUUUGAGGACUAUUUUAGUAAAUUUAUAUAGCUAGUCGAGUGAUGAGGAUAAAUAUUAAUAUUACCCAGUAAUUUUUAUAGGAAAAAAAUCCUUUUAUUAGCCCUCAUUAUAAUGUCUGCCACAAAGAAAGUACUCUUACUUGAAUUUUAAUUUAUUUAAAUCAAAUCCAUCUUGAGUAGCAAUUAUUCAUUAUUACCAAUCAAUGAUACUCAGCCUCAUUUCAUUGUAGAAUCAUAUGGGAACUUUCCCACCCAUCCCAUAACAAUUAAAAUGUAAUUUCUAGGAAAUUGAACCAGACUUCAGUUUUUCCUAAACUUUUUUGGGUGAUUCUGAUUUUUACUUAGAGUUAGGGCUACUGGUCUAAAUUAGUUCAGGAAAGUUUCUUUAUUUCUCCUGUGUUAACUUUGUAAAUUAAUAAUGCAACCCAAUUAAGUUUUGAUGGCUUAAAUCCCAAAAAAGAAUAUGUUUAAGUAGUAUAUUUUCCAUGAAAAUUAAAAUAGUAAAUUCUAUCAAGCUUGCUUAUGAUUAAAUUAAUAUUUCUCAUAUGCAUUAAAUUUUAUUUAAGCUAUUCAGAUGAGAAAAGGUAAUGGAUAUUCCCCCAGCUGCCUCAGAGCUGUCUUUUGAAGAAGUAGGAAUGUGAACAUUUUUAAGCCCAAUUUACUAUCCUGUGGUUUAGCACUUUGGACAUCUGAAUCAAGAAAACAAGACUUAUCACAGGUGUGUGUGCGGAUAGAAGAAUAGAGUUUUAAUUUCAAUGUUUUACAACCCUUCUCCGCAGAAGUCCUAAGCAAAGCUUUGACAAUCUUCAAGGAGCCGUGUUCCAUCACUCCUUCACGACUUCUCAGAAAGUAGAGUUUAAUUCUAGAUUUCUCCUGUAGUUGUUUGUGUUUCCCUGUUAAUAUUUGCAAUUGGGAAUUUUCUAAUUUUUCUAGUGAGUAGCCCUGCCUACCAACCCCUCGUUUUUGAGGCUGGCCCUUAUAAUGUUGCCCAAACAGGUCUUGAACCCAAAGGCUCAAGUGAUCCUGCCCCAGCUCCUGUGGGACUGGGCCACUGGCAUGCACAUCUUUGCCCAGUCCCAGUGUGUGAUUUUCUAAAGUCAAUGACUUAGAGAGUAAAGUAACUAAAUAUAUCACUUUGUUUAACAACUUUGUGUUUGCUGUUAUGUAAGUAUUUCAUUUGUGAAUUACACACUCCUAAUAAAACCUCAUGCCUUUUCUUUACAUCCAAGUUCUCAACUUUAUGUUAUGGAAUGCUUCUUCAAAGAUGCUUUAAUGAAAACUAUUAAGAAUAUAUAGAUUUGUAUGUCAAUUUAUACUUCAAAAAUCCAUAUAUUUGUCAUAUUUAUUUUUUUAUUUGCAUGACCAAAUGAUAUUUAAAAUGAGCCCUCAAAAUAUCUGGUAACUAUCAAAACUUAACCCAUCCAUAUUAAGGGGUUCAUUAAAAAGUAGUUCAAAAUUGUAUGCAUUUUAUAUUACUGUGCUGUUUGUGUGUAGCACAUUUCUAAAUAUGCAUUAUUAAAUUGUUAAUUUUGAAAACUUUCAACCUGAUUGCCUUUUGAUGUUAAAAUGAAAUGCAAAGUUUUGUAUAUAACAGGUCUGCCUACAGAAUGAAAUGAAUGAGCUGAUGUGUAAUUUGUUAGAAGUUACCUUUGAAAAGUAUACAUUAUAAAGUAAUUCCUGGUAAUGAUAUAUUCUUAACUGUUGGUGACAGAAGCCAAAAUAAGAAAAUAAAAACACUAAACUCAAA